AGAAGAAAAUCAGCUUGUUUUGACCGGUGUUUGACCAGCGAGAGAGCGCCAUGGAUGUUGCCCACAUUUGUAUUUUAUGUUCUUUAUUUGUGUGCAAUUACGCUGCUUCGCCGCCCAACUUCGUGCUCAUUUUCGCCGAUGAUUUGGGUUUUGGCGACCUGGGGUGUUACGGACAUCCGAGCUCUUUGACCCCCAACCUGGACCGACUGGCGGCGAGGGGGCUCCGCUUUACGGACUUUUACAGCACCAGUCCUGUCUGUAGCCCGUCCAGGGCAUCACUAUUGACAGGCCGCUACCAGACCCGCUCUGGGAUCUACCCCGGAGUCCUGUAUCCUGGCUCAAUCGGUGGUCUUCCAUUGAACGAGACCACCAUCGCCGAGGUGCUGAAACCUCUUGGCUACGCCACAGCCGUGGUAGGGAAAUGGCACCUGGGCCUGGGGGCCAAUGGAAGGUUCCUUCCGACCAGGCAGGGCUUUGACGAGUACCUGGGGAUUCCAUACUCCCACGACAUGGGUCCAUGUCACAACCUGUCAUGUUUUCCGCCAGAUGUCAAGUGCUUCGGAUUGUGCGACAUCGACACGGUGACGGUCCCGCUGAUGCACAACGAGGUCAUCAAGCAACAGCCCGUUAACUUCCUAGAUCUGGAACGGGCUUACAGUGACUUCUCCACCGCUUUCAUCGCCGCAGCGGCGGAAAAGAACCAACCUUUCUUCCUCUACUACCCUUCCCAUCACACCCAUUACCCCCAGUAUGCAGGCCCGGGGGCUGCUGGGAAGACUUCAAGGGGUCCAUUUGGAGACGCUCUGCUGGAGUUAGACAACACUGUGGGAAACCUGCUGGCUACAUUGGAGAAGACCGGCGUGAUCAACAACACACUGGUCUUCUUCACGUCGGACAACGGGCCUUCAUUAUUUCGCAUGGCCCGCGGAGGUAGCGCGGGGACACUGAGAUGCGGCAAAGGUACCACGUAUGAGGGCGGCAUGAGAGAGCCAGCCAUCGCCUAUUGGCCCGGCAUGAUCACACCAGGUGUGACCCAGGAGCUGGCCAGCACUCUGGACAUCCUGCCCACCAUCGCUGGGCUCGCUGGAGCUAGAGUGCCCCCUGUGGUGCUCGAUGGGGUCGACAUGGCUGACAUCCUUUUCAACCACGGAAAGAGCAAAAGGGAGAGCAUGAUGUUCUACCCCACUGAUCCUAGUGAAGAAUGUGGCCUGUUUGCUCUUCGCCUGGGGAAGUACAAGGCUCACUUCUACACACAAGGCUCCAUCCACAGCACCACCACCCCAGACAAAGAGUGUUCAACAUUCGUCUUGCGGAAGCAUCACGACCCCCCGCUUAUCUUCCAUUUGGACGCCGACCCGUCUGAGCGGUACCCUCUCCCGCUGGACGGCCAGCCGGACAUCCAGGAGCUGCUGGAGAGGGUGAAGAGAGUCAAGGAAGAGUUUGAAGACUCCAUGUUGUUUGGGGAGAGUCAGAUCGCCAAGGGAAGUGACCCCCAGCUGGAGCCUUGUUGUAAUCCACAGUGCAGUCCCAAACCCAGCUGCUGCCACUGCUGACAUCAAUGCAGGUCUCAUGGACUCCUGGGAUACGAAGACGUGGCAAGCGAACCUGCUCAGCAUGGGGUGCUUGGUGAUGAAGCCAAAGUAGCUGAGGAGGAACAGAUGGAGAACAACGUCAGAGCAAGUCCACCUGAGGGCAGAAGGUAGGUGGAGUACCAGUUGUUCUUUGGAUGGCAGCCGCAGAAGGAGAUGUUCUUCAUUUGGAAGAAGUGACUACAUCGGUCAAACUGACGAUGGGAGACAAGGAACAGGAUUAACUUCCUCCAGGAAAUCAGACUAAACAUUCAUACAUUGGAAGAAGUGACUACAAGGAACAGGAUUAACUCAUACUAAAUAUUCAUACUGGUGUAGUUUGUACUAACUCCACAAGAUGGCAGUAGCUGCAUUUUAAUACAAAUAGCACUUUUUCAAAUUGGUUCCACACAUAAUAAAAGUAGGAAUCAUUCAUUAUAAAAUGAAAAGGACUUGGGUGGAGGCUCACUAUGAAGUUGAACAUGUUCCGGUCGUGGUGUUUUUUUAUUUGCACCAUGCAUAGUUAGAAAACAUAUUGCUCGUUUCUUAUUACAACAUGUUCGAAAAGGAGUAGGAAGAAGCAGAAGUGAUUGAAUCCUUUUCCCGUUCCACAGCAAUUACAAACACGUGUGUUUGUUCACUUCCACAAAUAUGUCAAUAAUAUCAAAUAGAUACAAAUAAAUAAAUAAGGACAUUUCCAAUAAGGUUGUCAUGACGUGGAAACUGGACUUGAAACUUAGUGAGUCAAAGGAAAUGUAGCAGCGUCACCUUUUAAUUGAUUAAUGUUUUUAAUUCGCAUUUUUUCAUUGUUCUGUGUUUCAAGUGUGCUAUGUAUUCACUUUUAUUCAUGCUUUUUUAGAAAGAUGUAUACAUUUUAUUCUUCUUGUGUAUUCUGUAUUGUUCAAAUGCCGUUGUGUAAGGUUGUUGUAGGUGAGGGGGAAAAAGAUAGUCUCACUGUUAACGCGAUAAGAAUUGUUUUGAAUAAAAACAAAAAUGAAAAUAUGUACACACAAUUUCAGAAUAAUUCUAAUUCAUAGCGUAAUAUUUGUGUGAAUUCAAGUCAUAAUAACUGCUCUUUAGGAUCUUUUCACAGAGCUAUAAAUCCCAACCCUAUUCCAUAAUUUAACGCCAAAAGUGAUACACUAAAUGUCUUACAUAAAAAUGCCAAAUAAAGACCAAAAAAAGCAUAUUUCUAUA